AGACCAAGAGAUAGAGAUAGAGAUAGAGAUAGAUAUAGAUUAGAAGAGCGUGAAGUAAACCCUAGCGCUCUCUUUCACUGAACGUGUUUGUGGAGUGUAAAAGCCGGCGGCAUCUAUGGCCGGAAUAGAAGAAGAUGGAUAUCCGGCGGAGAGGCUGUUCAAGCAGGGCUACUCGUACACGUACGAUGACGUGAUCUUCCUCCCCCACUACAUCGAUUUCCCCGCUGACUCUGUCCAACUCUCCACCAAACUCACCCGCAACCUCAACCUCUCCAUCCCCUGUGUCUCCUCCCCCAUGGACACCGUCACCGAGUCCUCCAUGGCCCUCUCCAUGGCUUCUCUCGGGGGCCUUGGCAUCGUCCACUCCAACAACUCCCCCUCCGAUCAAGCCUCCAUCAUACGCUCCGCUAAGUCUCACCGCUUCCCCUUCCUCUCCUAUUUGACUUUCCUAUCCCCUUCUGAUUCCAUCAAUUCCGUCGCUGAUUUCCCUGCCGCUGGCUGCCGCAUCAUCCUUGUUACUGAGUCCGGGACCAGCAAAUCCAAGCUCUUAGGCGUCGUCACUAUAUCUGAUUGGGAGGCAUUGAAGGACAAAGAGGCUAGAGUUUCUGACUACAUGGUGAAAUCACCGGUUUCAGCGCCAUCCGACUAUGAUUCCGAGCAAGUUGCUGCGUAUUUAGCAGCAAAGAAUCUGGAAUUCGUGCCUUUGGUGAAUGAGAAAGAUGGAGGACAAGUAGUGGAUGUGGUGACUGCAGCUGAUGUGGACAGGAUUAGGGGGUUUCCGAAGAGUGGGGGGAUGCCGUCGGUGGGGAGGGAUGGAAAGUUCAUGGUGGGAGCGGCCAUUGGAACGCGAGAAUCAGAUAAAGAGAGAUUGGAGCAUUUGGUGAAGGCAGGGGUCAACGUAGUGGUGUUGGAUAGUUCGCAAGGGAAUUCAAGCUACCAGAUUGAGAUGAUUAAGUACGUGAAGAAUACUUAUCCGGACUUGGAUGUCAUCGGUGGGAAUGUGGUGACCAUGUACCAGGCACAGAAUUUGAUUCAGACUGGAGUUGAUGGAUUGAGAGUUGGGAUGGGCUCUGGCUCCAUUUGCACCACCCAGGAGGUCUGUGCUGUUGGCCGAGGACAGGCAACUGCGGUUUACAAGGUUUCAUCUAUUGCUGAAAGAAGUGGUGUGCCUGUCAUUGCUGAUGGUGGCAUUUCAAACUCCGGACAUAUUGUCAAGGCUUUGGUCCUUGGGGCUUCAACUGUAAUGAUGGGAAGCUUCUUAGCUGGAAGUAAUGAAGCUCCUCGAGCUUAUGAAUGCCAGGGGGGCCGCCGAAUAAAAAAAUAUUGAGGCAUGGGCUCCUUGGAAGCAAUGACAAAAGGGAGUGAUGCACGAUACUUGGGUGAUACAGCUAAGCUAAAGAUUGCUCAGGGGGUUGUUGGAGCAGUUGUAGACAAAGGUUCAGUUUUGAAGUUUUUACCUUACACUAUGCAAGCAGUUAAGCAGGGUCUCCAGGACCUUGGUGCACCGUCCUUACAGUAUGCUCAUGAGUUAUUGAGAUCAUCCGUACUUAGGCUAGAGGUUCGUACUGGAGCUGCACAAGUUGAAGGUGGAGUUCAUGGGCUGGUUUCUUAUGAAAAGAAGUCUUUUUGAUAUCCAGUUCCAGAGCUGCCAUUAUUUAUUGAAAGCUGCGACUGCUUGGCGGUUAUAAUUUGUUUGGUGCUCCACCAUCUAAAUUCAAAUUGUCGACAUUCAAGUUAUAACAGAGAGGAGCUUGCUAAUUUUUGUCACUAGCUUUUGACACUUGAGAGG